AUGCAUACCGUCACGGAAGCUCAGCACCCGGAAGCAGAAGCCACGGGGGACACCCAGCCCGCAGAACACACGGUCGAGGAGCAGGACGACUUCACUUGGCCACCGGACAUCCCCACCACUGCUGACAGCACCUACUCCAUCUAUAGACUCAACAACGACUGCUGGGAGAUUGCCAUCGAGUUCCGCCCGGACUUUAUCCCCAAUUUCGGGGGAACACACGUGGAUGAACAGGCCAACUUCGAACUCCACGUUAUCAUCGCGGGGGAUCGUGGACCCCUCGACAGAGCGCCAAAGUUCGGGGCGGGCACACGGCUCCGACUGUGCCCCAUCGGCGGCGACAGACUGUGGUAUGUCUUUGUCAUUGAGGCACCACCCAUCGACAUGACAGAAGCACACAGUUUCCUCCUUGCAGCGGGGGACAAGUUUUCCAUCCAAGCGGGGAGAGCCGGGCGAUGGGAGAUCGAGAUGGCACAGGAAAGUCCCAGCCCUCCACAGGAGGUCAAGCAAGCCCGGGAUUACAUCCGCACACGGGGGACAAAGCAGCGACAACUUCGGGGAAUGCCGCCCACCGGCUCCCCCUCCCAGGCUGCCUCCUCUUCGGACCCACCGCCCCAGCAGUUGCACAGCCAUCCACAGACAACAGCACUCCACCAUAGCACAGCCGCCUCUUCCACGGACCCACAGCCACGUGACGAACAGGGGGAACACAAUGCCGAGGCACACCCCCAACAGCCACAAACCUUUUAUGGGCCACCGCGAACUAAAGCCCAAAACCAGGCACCAGAGCCGAAGCAGCAAGACCGGAACCCACUCCAGGAUGGCCGCACGCUCCGGCGCGGACAACCAGACCGCAAACCGGGCAGCCCGCCUACCGCCCCACCGGAGGAUCCACACUUUUACCCGCAAGCUCGCGACAGACGCAACCUCGGCGGGCGAGCCAACCCGGAACCUUCGCCAACACCCUCGCCGCCGCCAACCGGCCCGGACCCGGACGAUGACACAACAGCUAUGAUGCAGACCGCUCCAGCAGCCCACAAAAGACAACAUGAAGCCCAGCACAGCGAGACGUCACCAAGCACCGCACGGGGAAACAUCCCGCAGCAGCCAGGCGCAGUAACAGCCGAGCCUGCACCCCAACAGCUAAGGCUUGCGGAGCACGUGCCAAAUGGGGGGACGAUCGUGGCCGUCGCCGACUGUGCCCUCGCAGACCUACUUAUGGACAGUGAAGCAGAGCAACACCUCGACAUGUGUAUAGAGCAGCUCCUAGGUCUGAGCCAUGGCAUGGGGGAACAGCGGCCACCUAAGCGCCGACGGCAGACGAUGACCGCAAGGCAGGCCGUCGUGCAGCUCUCGGACCUGGCCCGCCUGCAGCUAACGGAACGGGGGAGACCUGUCACGGUCGCCGACCUCACCCCGUGCCUCGACGCAGUGGUUCGCUGGCUUCAACGCAUAACGGGGGAAACGCUGAGUGAUACCAACAUGCCUGACCUCAUGGCGACCCUACGACGAGUUCUGCAAGCCAUUGGGGGAGGUACCGUGACGCUGGACCACUGGCGACAGUUGUUGGACGUGGGGGACAGCCUUCGUUCCCUUUUCGACAUCACCGAGGGUGACCGCACUGGGGAAAGCGUGCUGACAGAGGUCGGGGGGAUCCCGCCGGGGGAAUACGCCCUGAUCUUCGAGCAGAUCGCG